AUGGAGCCUAAGGGCAACGGAGAUGAGGGCGAUCGGCCCCAGAGCAUCGACGCAGCCGCCGACGACGACGAGGAACGAAAUGCUGCCGCCAUCUUCAAGGGUCCCUUAAUUCGAAGCGCUUUCCGGGCUUUGGUCCAAGACUUCAGUCCCAUAUGGUUCACCUGGUGUAUGAAUGCCGGCGUCAUCGGAACUCUCCUCCAUCAACUACCAUACCAGUUUCCGGGCCUGCAUGUGCUCUCGACGAUUGCAUUUACCAUCGACCUUGUUCUCUACAUCUUCUUCUCGGUCAUCUGCAUCCUGCACUUCGUCAUGUACAGACAACGAGCGUACAAUGAACUCGUCGACAACGUCUUGGACCUAUGUCUGUUCCCGUGCUGGUCGAUCGCCUUCAUGACGCUGGUGUCGUUCGUCACCCUGACCGUGAGCGAGGCCCCGUGGGGCGGCCAUCGGUUCACCAUCGUGGCGUGUGUCAUGUGGUGGAUUGCCGCGACGUGGAGUUUUGGCAUGUUGCUUUUCGUCUUCUCGAUCCUCAUCCAGCAGCACACUAUCCUGGACCGCCAGCUCCCGACGCUCAUCAUCAUCCCCGCCGUCGGGGUGGCCACCUUAGCAGCGGUCGGGGGCGUCUUCGCGUGCUUCGCGCACGAAGUAUCUGCGGGACUCGCCGUCCCUGUCAUCAUCAUGUCUCUGUGUGCGGUCGGGGCGGGCAUUUUCCUGGGGCUGAUCCUGUACACGUACCUGCUUCACCAGCUGCUCGCAAAAGGGUGGCCUGCUCCCCCAAUGACCGCCACCCUGUUCAUCCUCGUGGGACCCAUGGGACAGUCAGCCGCGGCGCUCCAAUUGCUGGGCGCGGCGGCCAGCACGCACGGACACUUUGGGAGCUAUGACCGAGGAGUCUUCCUGACAGCGUCGGCAGCCGGAUCGCUGCAGGCGACGUGCAUCUUCCUGGCGCUGUUGAUGACCGGUCUCGGCGCGGUCUGGCUCGGCUUCGCCCUGAUCGCCAUGCUCAAUCGGCUCGUCCGCCGCGAGUUAAUCUGGGCGCCGACGUGGAACGCCAUCAUCUUCCCCACGGGCACGCUGACGACCGCGACGUUGCUGCUGGGCACGGAUCUCGACUCUGCCUUCUUCAAGAUCGUCACCGUCAUCCAGGUCAUCUUCUUGAUCCUCGUCUUCUUCAUCAACGCCGCCUUCACCCUGCUGAAAAUCUGGAGAGGCGAACUCCUCAUCGUCAGAGAAGAUCCCAGGCUGAAGCAGGUGCUCGGAGGGGGGAAACCGAAAGCGACGUAG